AUGGAAAUUGACGAGAUUUUUGCAUCAAAAAAGAAGACCUCGACAGAGAAAUCGUCUUCUAAGGAUCAAAAGGAGUCCAAAAAAGACGAUAAAAAGCCGGAACAAGUCAAUGUUGCGAAGUCGCAGAUGAAGCCCAAAAAAAUGCCUAAAGACGACUUAUUUGCUGAUCCAAAGGGCAACACAGGGCGUAAGAGAACCGAAGAGGGAUUUUUGGUAUACGACGAAGAUGAACUUCGUAUUGGAAAAGGAGGUGAUACUCCUUUAUGCCCUUUCGAUUGUGAUUGUUGUACGUACCGUUUGUUUAUUAGUAAAGCCCAAGCUAGUCAUCGCAGCUCUAACAGUACAAGGUUUCUAAAAAAAAUUUUGGCUAUCAAUUUUCUUGUUUAUACAAAGUAA